AUGCAGAGUGAGGAGAGGGAAGAGAAGAGAGGGGAGAGGGGGGGGGGUGAAGGGGCGGAGCAGCAGGGGGGGUCUGCAGUCCCUUGUAAACAGAGACAUCACCUGUUUGUACUCAGACACUGCAUCGUCACUCACCUCCGGCUGCAGGGACGUCCUCAAUGUCAUCCUGGAGCUGAAGAACCUUGUGCUGUUGUGAUCAUCAUCAUGAAGAACAGGUUCCACAGCAAAGACAACAGAAUGCACCAAAGCAACGACCACCACCAUCUGUGGAGAGACCAGGAGGACACAGAGGACAGGAGACGGCACCGGAGAGCACGCAAAUUACUGGCAUUUUUGACAUCACUGUCUCGGACCUGGGGCUGGCUCAAACCCAGAGACAGACCAAGCCUCCAGCGCUCAGUGUCAGCCCUCAAACUGCUUGAGGUGUGA